AUGGAAGGUUCCUCCUCCUCCUCCUCCUCCUCCUCCUCCUCCUCCUCCUCCUCCUCCUCCUCCUCCUCCUCCUCCUCCUCCUCCUCCUCCUCCUCCUCCUCCUCCUCCUCCUCAUUAUCAGAAUCCACGUCAGCAGAGAAUCCGCAGAAUCGCCACCAGCCAAUCCCGAGACUCCCAGGCCACGCCCAGGUGCUCGGCAGACCCAACUUUCUGGCCUUCUCCCCCAGUCAGCCCACUCCUCCAUCCCUCCUUCCUCCCUCACACCCUAACCCUCCCUCACACUCUAACCCUCCUUCACAUUCUAACCCUCCCUCACACUCUAACACUCACUCUCACUACAACCCUCACUCGCACCCUCACUCUCACACGCACCUGCUGCAACCAAUACCCGAGGAGGACCCAUCCUCUCUCUCUCAAUCCACCCCCAGCCCAGCUCGCUCACACUCCCUCCCUUUGGACCAUCCAGCAACAGAAAAUGCGGCAUCAGACGCAGCAGAAGCAGCAGCAGGCAGCACCAGAAGCACCAGCAGCAGCAGCAGCAGCAGCAGCAGCAGCAGCAGCAGCAGCAGCAGCAGCAGCAGCAGCGGCCGCCGAGUCACGUUUUCAGAGUGGGUUAGCCACAGCGAUGCGAGCAGGGAUAGCUGGGAGAGCGACGAGCAUGCGAGAGAGUUACAGGACUUCCCCUCUACUCGAGACAGGGCCUCUGGAGUAUCAGCAGGUGGUAGACUGAGAGCGGUGGAAGGCGGUAGGGAGCGGUUCGGAGCGGUUGAGAGGACGGUGGUGGGGGCAGGACCGUUAAUGGACGAAGCAGUGGUUGUGAGGGUUGUAGGGGGGGAGCUAGGGAGUGGGGCAGGCGCAGAGAGCUCUAUAACGGGUACAGGGGCGCUUGAGGAGGGGAUCAGGCCAGGCGUGGGGGAGGGUGCAGCAUUGGACGGUCUGGAUUACGGGUUUGGGAUCUGUGCGGUGGAUUUCGAUGGAGAGCUGGGAGCGGGGAUUGGUGGAGAGGUGGGGUUUGAGAGAGGGGGAGGGGGGGGCGUGGAGCGGAUGUGGGAAGGGGAGCUGUGCGACUGCUUUGACGACUCAUCCGUUGCCACACAGACUGUCUGCUGUCCCUGCAUCACGUUCGGGCAGAACAUGGCCAUGGCUGGAUUCGGCAGCUGUGCCCCCCAGGCCCUCAUCUACUGCGCUCUCACCUGGGGAGCAUGCUCCUGCGCGCAGCUCAUAGCCCUCUGCUCCACUCUCGACUUCUUCUCCUCCCUUGGGUUUCUUCUCUACUGCCUCGGCACCUCUUACCCCGCGCGCUUCCGUACGCAGACACGCCGACGCUUCAACAUCCAGGUGGGGUCAGGCAGGGUGGCUUUUGAUUCAACUCUCGACUGCUUCUCAUCAGUGGGGGUCGUUCUGAGUCGACUCAAAUGCACUUGGGUUGGGGGGGGGACAAGCUCCUGCGCGCAGCUCAUAGCCCUCUGCUCCACUCUCGACUUCUUCUCCUCCCUUGGGUUUCUUCUCUACUGCCUCGGCACCUCUUACUCCGCACACUUCCGCACGCAAACACGCCAGCGCUUCAACAUCCAGGUGAGGGCAAGCAUAGUUUAUUUUCUUUUAGAGUCGCCUCAAAAGUCUGCUCAUCCCUCGGCGUGCUUCUCUACUGCCUCGGCACCUCUUACUCUGCGCGCUUCCCUCUGCGCACCUCUAACUCUGCGUGCUUCUCUACUGCCUCGGCACCUCUUACUCUGCGCGCUUCCCUCUGCGCACCUCUAA